UCCGGAGCCAGCUCUGGCUUCUGAGUUUAAAUUGUGUGGUCGGAAGUGAUGCAACGUGAGAACUCUUCUCCGCUUCAACAUUCUACCUCUCCCUCCAUUACUACUACUUUAUAACUUCUUUUCUCUUCUUCUUUCAACACAAGAUGGCCCUCCUGCAACCUUUUGUAUCUGACAGUUUCCUGGCUAGAGCUCCUCCCCUGUUGCCUCUCCCUCAGAAUCUCAACACUGCAACGAAGAGGGCAACAACAAAAACGGUUACUGCCGUUGAACGCCUGUUCUUAUCUUCUCAUACAAACCCAAAAAGAUUGAAGCAAGGAAGGAGGGGUUUGAUCAAGUCUUCCGCAGUGUCAGAGGUUGGAGGGGCGGUGUCUGUUGGUGAAAAGGAGGGUGGUGGAACAGAAGAUGACGAGGUUCUUCUGGGGCCUAGAUUUGGGGAGGAAGAUAAGGUACUAGGGGUUUCUGUUGAUUAUGAUUGGAGAGAAGAGUGGUAUCCGCUCUAUCUCACACAGAAUGUCCCAGAUGAUGCUCCUCUUGGUCUCAUUGUCUUUGACAAGCAGGUCGUAUUGUAUAAGGACGGGAAUGGCAUUCUUCGAUGUUACGAAGACCGAUGUCCUCAUAGAUUGGCAAAACUUUCUGAAGGUCAACUGAUUGAUGGGAAAUUGGAAUGCCUCUACCAUGGUUGGCAAUUUGAAGGUGAUGGUAAAUGUGUAAAGAUACCUCAGCUUCCAGCAGGUGCAAGAAUUCCUCAAUCUGCUUGUCUCAAGACUUAUGAGGUGAGAGACUCUCAAGGAGUUGUGUGGGCAUGGAUGUCAGACAAGAACCCACCUGACCCUGCCAAACUGCCAUGGUUUGAGCACUAUGCUAGGCCAGGAUUCCAAGAUGUCUCCACCACACAUGAGCUUCCAUAUGAUCACUCAAUACUCCUUGAGAACCUCAUGGACCCUGCCCAUAUCCCAAUCUCACAUGAUCGAACUGAUUGGACUGCAAAGAGAGAAGAUGCCCAGCCAUUACUUUUCAAGGUUACUGAACGGAGUGAUAGGGGAUUUGCAGGCCAAUGGGGUAAAGAAAGGGAUCAGGGGACCCCAAACUUUCUACAAUUCAGUGCACCAUGUGUUCUUCAAAACAACCGUGAGAUUGUUGGCAAGAAUGGUGAGAAAGACUAUUUCUCUGCUCUCUUCCUUUGUCGACCAACAGGACAAGGGAAGUCUAUGCUCAUUGUAAGGUUUGGGGCCACUAGAAGAUCCUUCCUAGCAAAAUUGUUUCCAAAGUGGUAUUUCCACCAGAAUGCAGGUAAGGUUUUUGAGCAAGACAUGGGGUUCCUCUCAUCACAGAAUGAGGUCCUAAUGAGGGAAAAGGUUCCAACAAAGGAGCUGUAUCUUAACCUGAAGUCCUCUGAUACUUGGGUUUCAGAGUAUAGGAAAUGGAUGGAUAAAGUUGGGCAUGGGAUGCCUUAUCAUUUUGGUCAUAGCACAAUCUCACUACCUAAAGAGCCUGCUGUGGUGGAACAUGCGCCGGCUGGGCUGGUUGCUGGAUUAUCAGCAUCCUUACCGGCCAAGGGGGGUCUCGGAACAGUUCAUUCUCCCAACCUGGCGAAUCGAUAUUUCCGCCAUGUGGUGCAUUGCAAGGGAUGCAGAAGUGUCAUCCGAGCUUUCCAGGCUUGGAAAACUGCCCUCAUUAUCAUGGCUAUGGCUUCAACAACAUUGGCCAUUCUAGUGUCUGGAAGACAAUGGAAAACUCUUCUUUUGGUUUUGACAGCUCUUUUCUUGACUGGAGCAAAAUUAUGCUCUUCUGCAAUUGCAAUGAACACAACAAACUUCAUUAGACACCACAGGAGAUUCUGAGGAAGGAGUUACUACUGUACACUUGUUGUAUAAUUACUGUUUUAAUUUCUUUCCAAUCCUUGUUUAGUGUAGAUAAAAUUACAGAUAUAUUCAUGUUACAGUCUUGCUGUAUCAGGGUCAUGAUGGUGUAUUCUGUCAUGGCUCAUUCUUGUUAGCGGAUUCUAACAAAAGGGGUCACUUGCAACUGUGUCAAAAACUUCAGGGGAGCUUUCAGCAAUUUACCUAAAAUAUAAUAAAUAACUUGACAUUGUGCUAUGUGUCAAAAUACUUUACAUUCUUAAUUUCCAAUGAAUAGUUGAGAUACAAUUAUUAA